AUGGCAAUCAACGGCAACGAACUGGACGGGGUGACGGGAGCCAUCGCUGAGCUGGCCACAAUCGAUGUCUCCAACCCAGCGUCUCGCCUUCAAAUUAUGCAGAAAUGCCAACAUAUCCUUGAGAGUCUACAGGAUCCUCGGAUGGUGGCUAUGGAUACCCUCACCUCUGUACGCCGACAGCUGUUUAUCGCGAAUGAGACUGACCGUUUUCCGAUAGGUUGUCCUGUACCCGUGCAUCGCCGUUCUCAACAGACUCGAUGUCUUCAAGAGGCUCACAAGCGGACCACUAACUGCAACGGAGCUGGCCCAACAAACUGA